UUAUACUGGGUACGCUCUCUGGAGGCGAGGUGAUAGACAAAGGAGUUGAAGGAGGCGAUUUGGACGAGGCCGAGCAAAACUUAGUAAGAGUGGAAGCUGAAGACCCAGAUCUUGUGGGAUCUGUCCUUGACAUAGAUUUAGGCGAAACAAAUAAAUUCCGAAAGAUGAAAUCAGCGCUCCCAGUUAUCAGCACAGAAGAGUCACAAUCUUUCUUUUUUUCCGCACUCAUGAUCGUUGUAUCGGAAAUAGGCGAUAAGACAUUCUUCAUUGCCGCAAUAAUGGCAAUGAAAAAUCCUCGUUUUUUAGUUUUUUCUGCCGCUUUUGCUGCUCUUAUACUCAUGUCAGUACUUUCGGCGGCUCUAGGUUAUGCAGUACCGAAUUUAAUCCCUAAAAUCUACACAAAUUACCUUGCCGCCCUGUUAUUCCUAUUUUUCGGCAUAAAGAUGGGAUUUGAAGGGUGGCAAAUGACAGAAGAAGAAGCAACUCAAGAAUUGGAAGAGGUCUCUGCUGAGUUAAAGGAAAAAGAAGAAGCUGGACUAAUAGAGGCAGCUGAAGCUGGCGGUGCAUCAAAUGAGCCACUUCAAGAGACUUUUAAAGAGGGAUUGAUUAAUCUGUGCCAAUUCAUAUUCUCACCUGUAUUCGUUCAGACGUUUGUGCUCUCAUUCUUUGCAGAGUGGGGCGAUCGAUCACAAAUUGCGACGAUCGCUUUAGCUGCUUCUCAGGUACCAGAAGACUAUUUAAAUUUUCCCUUGUUCUACCCUUAUUCAAGCCGUUAA